CUGGCACUCACCACCAUGUAUUUCUCCGUGGAUAUCACGCUCUUCCUUGCAGUAAUAAUCACUGGGAUUCUCUGUUUCAUGAGCCUAGGUCUGCUUCAGAGAAGAGGAAAACUUCCACCGGGUCCGAUCCCCUUGCCUCUACUGGGGAACAUUCUACAACUAAGUGGAGGAAGCAUAGUGACUAAACUGGUAAACAUGAGGAAGAAAUAUGGGGACGUGUUUACCGUCUAUCUGGGGUCUCGGCCAGUUGUGGUGGUUAAUGGGUACAAGGCGGUCAAAGAAGUCUAUUUGGACAGAGCUGAUGAUUUCUUAGCCAGAGGAGAUACAGAAACAUUUAACACUUCUUACCAUAACCAUGGAUUCGUCUUUACUACUGACAUAAACAUGUGGAAGGAGCUUCGUCGAUUUUCUCUGUCAACAAUGCGAGAUUUUGGCAUGGGGAAGAAGGGUAUAGAAGAUGUUAUUAUAGAGGAGUCUCAGUGUCUAGUGAAAGAAUUAAAAAAGACCAAAGGAACAUUUUUUGAUCCUCAACAGAUCUUCAACAAGGUUUCUGGUAAUGUAAUCUUUUCCAUUAUGUUUGGGCAUCGCCAUGAUUAUGAGGAUGUCGAGCUUCUUGAUGUUGUAAACACUAUGUGUGAAACAUUCCACAUCAUCAGUUCAGGCUGGGGGCAGGUGUUUGAAAUGUUCCCCGGAAUUAUGAAGUUUAUGCCAGGGAAGCACCAAACAAUUUUAUCCAACAUGCAGAAGCUGCUCCAGUAUGUGAAGAAAAGAGUGGACAAGAACAAAGAGACUUUGGAUCCAGAUAACCCCAGAGAUUAUGUGGAUGCAUUCCUCAUUAAAAUUGAGAAGGAAAAGAAUAACCCCAAGACUGAAUAUACCUUCUUAAACCUGGUGAACAGUACUCUGCAGAUCUUCUUUGCUGGCAUGGAGACCACAAGCUCAACAAUGACCUACGUUCUUCUUAUUUUGAUGAAAAACCCAGAUAUCCUCGGCAAGGUCUGCGAGGAGAUUGAUCGCAUCAUUGGUCGAGAUCGAAGCCCCAAAAUGCAAGACAGAAAUCACAUGCCAUUCACUGAUGCUGUAAUCCAUGAAAUGCAGCGAAUCAUUGACCUAAUUCCAAUGGGUGCAGCUCGGAAAACCACAAGGGAUAUUGAGUUUAGAGGAUACUAUCUACCCAAACACACUAACAUCUAUCCAAUGAUUACCACGGUGCUAAAAGACCCCACCUGUUUUCAGUACCCUAAUGCAUUCAACCCCAAAAAUUUUCUUGAUGAAAAUGGGGAAUUUAAAAAGAAUGAUGGAUUUAUGCCUCUUGCUGCAGGGAAGAGGAACUGUAUGGGAGAAGCUUUGUUCCGAACGGAAUAUUUCCUUCUAGUAGUUACUGUCUUGCAGAACUUUGUCUUAAAGCCUGAACUUCCUAUAAAGGAUCUGGAUAUCACUCCUGAUGUGUCUGGAUUUGGGAAUCUACCAAGGUCGUACAAGUUGGCUUUAAUUCCUCGCUAG